UGGCGGGGAAACUGGAAAUGUAAACAUUGGAUGGAUGUAAAUAUUUUAAAAGCAUUCAAAUAAAAUGCCAGGCGAAGUUUUAGAUGAGGUUUUAUCGCGAUAUCAAGAAUUGCCAACAAGAAGCCAUGCAACGAUACUGGUAAAUUUUGUAAAUCUUAUAAAUUUCCGAUUUUUCCUUGUUUUUGGACAGGGUACUUAAUUAUUACUCAUUCACCGACAAAGAUCACAGCAACUAUUAAAAGUCCUACAAUUGUUUACAAUUUAAUACGAUUGUCUAGGUUGUUAGUAUAAAAGGCAUUGGUAUGGAGGAUUUUGUUGAGGCAAUGUUACAAAUGGAUACUUCUUAUUCCACACAGAUGUAAGGAACUGUUAUUAAAGUGUGACCUCUCUCAGAUAAUCCCCCCAAUUAAUCAAGCCCCCACCCAUGAACAUCAACCCAACUUUAUUAUAUUACUCUGUCUAACGCCAGACGAUUUUACUCAUCAGGGGGAGAGUGCUGCCACUCAAUGGGUUAAUUUUUAACAUAUUAAAUUUUAGUCGAACAACAACCAGUCUGCCCCUACCAAAGCAAACUGAUUCCAGUGAACCACGACCUCGGAUUGACUAUAUUGUCUUUAUUGUGGAUUUAUCUAAUCAACAAAGGUAGCAUAUUGAUAUUAUUUAUUCCGAAUAUUUUUAUCAGUUCUAAACUGUUCUCACAGGAGGUCCAAUAAGGGAAACAAUCCUUUGUUGGUCUAGUUUUACAGGAAACUGGAGUGCCUGUUUAAAGUCUGAUGUUUGGGAGUGCAAUACUGAAAGCAAAUCUUGUGACAUUUUUAUUUUAGUUUUAAAAUGAUUGAAGAAGCAGUUAAGCUUGUUGAUGUUGAUUACUUCCUGGGUCGAUGCUGUUUUAUUCUUUCUAAAGGUAAACACAAUUUAACACAGUUGUACACCUCUCACAAACAGACACCCUUUUCCAUCAACUUAAUUGUUACUUUUCUAGCCAAACAAGAGCAUCUUCACAGUGUUGAUUUGAACGAAGUCACAGAUUUGGUGGAGGCAUAUGAUUCAACAAUGUUCUGUGGUGACCUCACUGUAAGAGGCAAUCUCAUCAAUAAAUAUCCAAGCUUGAUUGAACGUUUUUCCAAAUAAAUGAGGUGUAUUCCCAAAACCAAAAAUUGUAUUGUUCAUUUAUUUUAGAAUGAAGAGGAAAGAAUGAAUCUUGUUGAAAAAGUACUUCAUCAUGCCGAGAUUGCAUGUGGUUUUUGUAAUGAUGUUAAUUCACUGUUACUCUCUACCACACGACAAUCGUUUACUUUUGAAGAAAUCAUGACAACGUAAUAAUAUAACAUGUGAAACAAAGCAAUAUGUUUCAUACUUAUUGAUCCUUAAAUACAGUAUAUUCGUUCUUUAAAAGUAUACAUUGUAAACUUUGCCAUACAUUCUCAGCAAAUGGACAUGGUAGAUACAUAUGUGAAAUUUAAAAAACUGUACAUGACUGUGUAAUUGUAAAAUGUUGAGACAAUAUCAAAGGCUACAUUCAUCUGUGCUGCAAGUUUUUCUGAAAGGUGUUCAUAUAGUAUUCACCGUAAUCUGGCCUUGUAACAAACAAAGAAUAUAAAUGAAGAAUGAUGAAACAAGCUUAAAUGUACAACAUAUCUCUACUGUAUACUAUGAAAGUCUCUACUAUCUAGUGUAGCAAACCUAUCUAAUAUAUUACAGUUAGAAUCAACUUUCAUGAUUUGUUAGGACACUAUGUUAUACUGUUGUCUUCAAUAUGGUUGAUAGCGAUAUCCUUGUGUGUGACUUUGCUGAGGAGCUUGCUGUUGGUAACCCUAC